UCUUUGGAAUAAGUUGGUAGGAUAACAUUUUUUUCCUUUAUUUCAUGUGCUUAUUUUAUCAUUUUCUUUUUUAUAUUUUUAUUCAAUUAAAUUUAAUUACACUUUCUUAUUUCUACUUAUUGUAUCUAAAAAAGAUACAACAAGGAUUUUGUUCAUUUUAGUGUGUCUUUUAAAUUUUGAUUAAUAAUAUUUAUUGAAAGAAUUUUUUCAAAAAUAUUUAUCUUUAAAAUUAAUCAAUCACUAUCGAAAGUUUAUAAUAAAUAAUUAAGGGGGGGUACGAAAAAAAAGUUUUUUUUUAGGUAGCAUAGCAAGGUUAAUUUUAAUAUGCUAAAAUUUUUAAAAUUAAAAAAAAAAUUUUUUCGUACCCCCCCCCUCUCCUAAAUUAUCAAAAAUAAAAAUUAUCAUUAUCAAAUAAAAAUUCUUAUUUUAAAUUUUCUUAGAAUAUUUUUGCUCAUGGAUAAUGUACAGAUGACUAAUGAUAGUACCAAUUGUAGUACAGCCUCUGAAGGUUAAAACUCCUCAAAAGAAUAAUUAAGUAGUGGGAAUUAAGGCUCAUAAAGUGGUUAGCCUUAAGAAGCUUCUUAUACUAAUUAAACUCAAGCCUUAAAAUCCUCCUCUAGUACUUCACUAACUUCAUAAGAAGAAAUUUAAUAUCUGAAAUAGGAAAACCAAGCUCUAGCAAAUAAAUAAUCCGAGUUUAGCAAGACUAUUGUUGAACACGAAGAAACUAUUGCUUAAUAAAAAAAGUUGAUUGAACAGAUUCUUGAAGAAAACAAGUAGUUUGAACAGAUUCUUGCUGAAUAAAACAAGGAGUUUAAACAGAUUCUUGCUGAAUAAAACAAGUAGUUUGAACAGAUUCUUGCUGAAUAAAACAAGUAGUUUGAACAGAUUCUUGCUGGAAAAAACAAGCUGGAACAGAUUCUUGCUGAAAAAAACAAGCUGGAACGGAUUCUUGCUGAAAAAAACUAGGCUGCUGAAAAAAACGAUAUUGUUGCUGUAAAUUAGUAGGUUUAACAGAUUGUUGUUGAAAAAGAAAAAGAAAUCCAAUCACUGAGUAAUUUGAUUGCUUAGUAAAAUACCUAAAACCAAUAAUGA